AGAAAUCAAUCUAUCUCAGAACUUGUGCCUGCCUCCCACAAUAAAUCUCCCCAUCAAACUUGUUCUAUAAAUUUCGCUCAUUCUUCUUCCCAAAAAUCUAUCUUAAACUAAAACUUCUUGAAUAUCCAUUCAAUCCAUGGCUGCACCACUUUCUUCUUCAACCCUAACUAUCUCAAUCCUCUUAUUCAUCUGUUUCCUAUCAUCAUCAUCCUCUGUCGAUGCUCUUGGAGGAAAAAAAUUGGUAGGAGGAAAAACUGAAAUCAAAGAUGUCAAAACAAACCAAGUAGUACAAGAUUUGGGAAAAUAUUCAGUUACUCAGUACAAUCUGAAAUUCAAGAAAGGAGACAAAGGAUCUUUGACGUUUAAAGAAGUUGUUAAAGCACAGAGUCAAGUUGUUGCAGGGAUUCAGUACUUUUUGAAGGUUUCUGCAAUUCAGAAUGGUAAACCUAAAUUGUAUGAUGCUGUUGUUGUUGUAAAAUCUUGGCAGAAACCUUCGAAUUUGCUUGUUAGUUUUAAUCCUUCUUCUAAUUAGACUUAUAGUUAGGGAUUUCAGGGUUUGAAUUUCAUGUACUUGGGUAUGUUAGAUGUUUAAAACUAUAAUUAUUAUGAGUUAUUAAUAAAAUCCGUAAGAUUUGUUUGUUUUUCUCGAA